UGUUGGCCACAGGUCUUAGACUUAGAUAUGAAUAUUAAUGACAAUAUAUGUGUCAACUGUUAUAAUGAAGACAAAUGCAAUCAAAAGAAAGCUGAAUAUCCUAUAGUUGUCGUCCAAAGACUAUCGCAAUCGGAAAUCAAUAAAUAUCUCAAUGAAGACAAACAAUUGAUCACAAAAUUGAAUGAAAUUGAUUUACAAAAAGAAUUGGAUAUCAAAUCCAUCGAAUCGUCUGAUUAUAUGAAAUGUCUGAAUCUCAUCCCAACAACAGAUCUCAACAAUCAAUCAUUGAAUCAAUUGAAACAAAGUUUUCCUUUGAGAAGAAUCAAUAGAAUCGAUGGUUUGAAUAUUGAUUUAGAGACCAAUCAAGUGAUUGGAAAUAAAGAACAGAUUUUGAGAGAAAAUGGAGUUAUUGUCGACAAUGUGUUCAGAAAUCAUGAAAUCAAAGUCAAAACUAAGAAAAAAUUUACGAUUCGUAAGAAGAGACGAUCCAAAGGAAACAAAAACAAAGUGAAUACCAUUGACGAAGAAGUCAAACAAAAACACUGCCAAAAGACACGACUCUCGAAAUUUGUGUCGACUUUCGAUAUUACGUCCGAAAUGUUUAGAUUUUUGUCGACAACUCUUCAAUUGAAACAAUUGUCACAAAAGGAGAUCUCAAUGAUUGCAAACAAACGAAUUAAUUUGAAUUCAUACCCAAAGAAUCAAAUGAUUGCUGUUAUAAAUGAAACUAAUUCUUGGAAUAAUUGGAAAUGUAUUGACAUUUACCACAAGAUUUUUGAGAGCGAACUCAGAGAAAAAUACCAAAGAAAUGCCUUUUAUUAUACAUUCAGUCGAAGACAACGAUUAGAGAGAAGUUUGAGACUUAAAACUGGAAUCGAUUGGAAAUCACGCCUUGAUUUAAGUCAAUGCAAACCAUUCAGUCUUGAGAUGUCUGCCAUCACUAAGUGUCACAAUUGUUUGGAAACAAUAGAUUUGUGGCAUUCAUGCCAUCGAUACGCGAAAGUCGACAGACAGUCGGAUACACAACCAAUUAGUCCGCAAUCAAGUGAUUAUUGCAUUGAUUUUGAAUGCAAUUUGAAUGUCGAGUCAACUGAAGUGCCAAAUAAAGAGCUAAUUGAAGUCAAAAACCAAAAAGACUCGCAAAUUGUCGAAUCAGUUGUUGUUAUCCAAAGAAAUCCUUCGAUCGAUGCGAUGGCCAUAAAGUUGUCGACAAUUAAGUGA